GACCUUAAUUGAGCGCGAAAACGGGUGGUAAACGGGUGAACAGCCCGGCUGUUGGAACGGGCGACUACUCCAAAGCUCGGGGGACUGGUUCGGCUUGAAGAUUCUGGAUUGCAAUGGAUUCAGCUUCUCUGAAAAUGGCAUCCUCAAAAUUCAUUGUUGGCCCGAAUGUUUCUGCGCUCGUGUGUUCUAAAAAGUUGAUAAAUGUUGGCUGUAAUUUCAACGAAACGGUGUUCGGCCGUAAAAUUUGUGCCGCCUCCCUCAACGGCUCUGCUUCUAGCUUCAAUUCAUACCGGUCUGUAUCAAGUUUAAGGGAAGAUGGGAACAGAAGCAGAAGUAAUCUCGAAUCUCUGUUUAGUUAUGAUAAGGCUAUACCUGAGGAAAGAAUUAAGAAGCCUGUUGGCUUAUCUUUGGAUGAAAAAGAUACCGGUAGCAAUCUCCGAUGCACUGAUUGCCAAGCCAAAGGUGCUGUGCUCUGUCCCACUUGUUCUGGUGCAGGCCUUUAUGUUGACUCCAUAUUGGAAAGCCAGGGCAUAAUUGUUAAAGUUCGCUGCCUAGGUUGCGGGGGAAGUGGUAACAUGAUGUGUACAGCAUGCGGUGGACGAGGUCACCAUGGACCCAAAUGAUUAAGGUCUGGCUUUUUGGAAUUUUGUUGUACCACUAAAUAUAUAGCUUCAGGGCUCUUGCCGCAAAGCCAUUUAAAUUCAUGUCUCUUUCAAAUGUUUUCUGGCUAAACUAGCAAUGAUCUUUGUUGAAUUUGAAUGAAAUCUACGCAUAGUUGAUUGAUGGAAAUUUCUCUGCAUGUUAAUGCGCUAUUAUAGUUUGAACGUUGCAAUGAGCAUGAAUUGACGGCAUGUUCGGAACAGGAUGGAAAGAAAGAAACCUGUCUGUCCAGAAAAGGACAGAAAGAUUAUGAUAGGGGAUUCUAGUUGUCCAUGUAUUGUCAAUAGCAAUUCCUUUACUUAUUUGCAAUGCA